CUUCGCCGGAUGCUUACCGGUAUAAUUUUCUCUUCAGAUCUUUCGUUCUGAAUUCCUUGUUGUUCAUAGAUUCUCUUGGGCCGUUCAUCUUUUGGAAAGUCAUGUCGGGGUACUCGUAUCCCCCUUUAGAAAAUGCCAACACCUCACCCCAGACUAAUGGAGAUAUACUACCCAAAACGAUAGACGGAGUCACGAAUGGCACACCCACGUCCGUCGAGACAGCUCCAUCACGCGCGGCAGAGCUGGAAGCGCUGCUUUCCGCUGUCCUGAAACAGUUGAUCCCUUUCGUUCAGCGAGCCGACGAUGAAGUCCACGCACACCAGCAACGCCAGCCAAUACAGCAAACAUCGCUCGUCGAAAGCCAUUCUCCCUCCGAAUUAAGAUCGAUUUUGUCGGAAAGUGGAGCGCUCUCUCUCCCGGACGGCGGCGUUGGGCAGGCAGGCCUGCUGGACUCGUUGGCGUCGAUACUGAGAUACAGCGUCAACACAUCUGCUCCUGGAUUCUUGGACAAACUCUAUUCCGCGCCUGUACCUCCAGGUAUAGCUGCAGAUUUGAUUCUCAGCGUCCUCAACACGAAUCUGCAUGUAUAUCAAGUAUCGCCGGUCCUCUCACUGAUCGAAACACACGUCACCAAGGCCUUGGCUACGAAAUUCGGCUUCUGUGGCCCGAGAGCUGGCGGGAUCAAUGUCCAGGGCGGCAGCGCCAGCAACCUUACCAGUAUUGUUAUUGCGCGAAACAAGCUGUUUCCGGAAACCAAGCGACUAGGGAACCACGCCGCAGGUAGGGAGCUCGUGAUGUUUACGUCCGAGCAUGGCCAUUAUAGCAUCGAAAAGGCCGCACAGCAAUGCGGGUUUGGAAGCGAGAGUGUCAUAAGCGUGCCGGUCGAUCCUGUAACUGGAGAAAUGGACCCAAAAGCUUUAGAUCUCUUGAUCAUUCGGGAGAAACAGCAAGGCAAGACCCCGUUCUAUGUCAAUGCCACGGCCGGGACGACCGUGCUGGGCUCUUUCGAUCCGUUUAUUGCCAUCUCAGAAGUAGCACGCCGACACGGGCUUUGGAUGCACAUUGAUGGUGCUUGGGGUGGAAGCUUUGUCUUUUCGGACACUCUUCGCGAACGUGCGUUGAGAGGCUGCGAGUUGGCGGACAGCAUAGCAAUCAAUCCACACAAAAUGCUCGGUGUGCCGGUGACUUGCAGCUUCCUGUUGCUCAAGGACUUGAGAAACGCCCAUAGAGCUAACACCCUGCGGGCAGGGUAUUUGUUCCACGACAAGGAUGAUGACGAGGAGCACGACGGGAAUGAAGAGCACGUUGAGAACGGUGUCAACGACACUGCGAGCUGCGAGAUUGAUGGUGAUGUUGAUGUCGAAGAGAACGAUGACUGGACACCACCUGAAGACCUCGCCGAUCUCACGCUCCAAUGCGGCCGGAGAGGUGACAGCUUGAAACUCUUCCUCGCAUGGCAGUAUUACGGCACCUCGGGUUAUCGUGCGAAGAUCGAACAUGCAUACUCGGUGGCAUGCCAUAUGGCGACUCUGGUGGAAAAGAAUCCAGAUAUGGUACUUGUGAGCACGACUCCACCGCCUUGUCUGCAAGUGUGCUUUUAUUAUGCUCCUGGGGGGCGAAUGCCGUUCAAUCUUGAUGAAAGGACACAAGCGAAUGCAGUCGACAAGUCCACCAGGCGAAAGCAAGCCGAGAAGAUUGGCAAGCGCAAUUCGGCCAUCACCAGCCGCAUCACACAGUCGUUGAUCUCGCGCGGCUUCAUGAUCGAUUAUGCCCCGGCUUUGAGCGAGCAGGUUGAGAAAGGCGCCUUCUUUAGGGCCGUGGUCAACAUUUCGACUACCACGCAGACUGUCGAUAGAUUGGUGGAACAGAUCAACACUGUCGGCAAGGUCAUAACGAGAAACAUAGGGGGAUCGAUCUAACUACGCACCAGAAAAGGAUCUCGAGCGGUUGCCACCAUGAGGCAGACAUGCUCGAUCUUGAAGUGACAGCGGAAGAAUGAUGUUCGAAGUCAUUGAAGAUCUGUUGUGAGCGUAUACCGUGGAUCUUUGUGUAACAAUUUUGGCCAACAUUCUUGAACCGACGCCUUUGGGAGACAUUCCUCGCUAAUGCAGGCAUACCACGAAGCAUACCGAUGCUUCCAUAUACUAGACAGACCCUAGACAGACCCUAGACAGACCCUAGACAGAC